UCAAUAACCAAAAAAACGUAUUAACAAAGAGAAAUCUUAAUGGCCACAUUACCCCCUUGUGAUCCUGAGGCAUUUCUUUUUGGAAUGCUUGGCGCCGCUGCCUCGUUAGCUUUAGCCAAUGUCGGGGCGGCUUACGGAACUGCAAAGGCGGGUGUAGCGGUUGCGCAGCUAGGUAUUGUUCAGCCCAACCGAGUUAUGCGUGGCAUUGUUCCCGUUGUCAUGGCGGGUAUUUUGGGUAUUUACGGUCUCAUUGUUUCGGUAAUUAUCUGCAACAACAUGAGGGCAUCUGGGUAUUCGCUUUUCUCCGGUUAUAUGCAUCUUGGCGCUGGUCUGGCUGCGGGUUUUGCGUCUCUUGCUUCCGGCUAUGCCAUUGGUAUUGUUGGCGAUGUGUGCUGCUACGCUUACGCUAAAACGGAAAAAAUUUUUGUCCCCAUGAUUCUUAUGCUUAUUUUUGGGGAGGCACUUGGACUAUUUGGCCUGAUUACGGCUCUAUUAAUGAGUGGUCGCGCAAACGCUGCUGUUGGUCGAUGCAAGUAA